AUGAUAGGAGACCGCUGUUGGAAGUAUAAAAGAAGCAGACCUGGAGACAUUUUCAUGGCCAGUGCCAGACUCUAUGAUCAAUUUUUGAAACUUCUUCAGAAAUGGCCGGUUGAUCAGAGCAAACGAUCAAGAGACUUGGGAGAAGAGUUGAGGAGGGUGUUCACUGCAACAUUUCCAAAAGGUGCCAACUCAUCAGUUGAUGUUGCUAAAUGUGAAGAGACUGUGCAGAGCCUGAAUCGCUUAGCCUCAGACUACUAUCUUCAGAAGUACCCCCGAGCAUCCAAGGUUUCAGCUUCUGGUGAAAGAAAUAACAAGCCAUUGCAUGUGCCUGUGAUGGCUCAGCAAGUUGUGGACUUUAUAAACCCAAGGAAAAAUGAAGUGAUCCUUGACAUGACUUUUGGUGCUGGAGGUCACUCAAAGUUGCUUCUUAAUGCUGAGCCAACUUGUAAACUGAUUGCAGUGGACCGAGAUUCUGUUGCAAUAAGACUAGCCAUGGAAUUGGCUGCUGAAUAUCCAGAGCAGGUGAUCCCAAUCCAUGCUCGAUUCAGUGAGCUGCCAGAUCUGCUUCACUCACAUGGAUAUGGACCAGAAUCUAUUGAUGCAGUCCUGAUUGACUGUGGAUGUUCAUCCAUGCAGUUUGAUGAUGGUAGUCGGGGCUUCUCUUUGAGUAAAGAGGGUCCAUUGGACAUGCGGAUGGAUGGGGAUCGAUUCCCUGAACAGCCCACUGCUGCUGAUGUUUUGCGACAUGCAGAUGAACGAUCCCUUGCCAGGAUGUUAAAAGUAUAUGGACAAGAGAAAAAAGCGAAAAAAAUUGCCCGUGCACUAGUGGAACUUCGUUUCAUGCUCCAGACCAUAACAACCACCUCAGAACUUGCCCACUUUGUAAACUGUGUUAUUGGAGGGGAAGAAAGGUUUGACCGUCUAGGUCGACCAGCCCAUCUUGCCACCAAGACAUUCCAGGCCCUCAGAAUCUUUGUCAACAAUGAGCUCAAUGAACUUAACUGUGGGAUGGAUGUGGCACAUAAAUUUCUUAAGGUGAAAGGGAAGCUUGCUGUACUGACAUUUCAUUCACUCGAGGAUACAAUUGUGAAGCGACACCUUGUCGGCAUAGACUUGGAUGAACCCAAAGGAGCGAAUCUGAAUCAGAAGUACAAGAAUGCAGCUGUGUGGCAUUCCAAGGAGGCCAUAGAUGAUUUGACAGCAAAGAAGUGGUUACCAGUGAAUAAGCACGUCCUGACUCCUGAUGAAAGUGAACUGUCUCAGAAUCCACGCAGCAGAUCUUGCAAGCUAAGGACAGCCUUAAAAUUGAUUACUCCAUCUAACAGGAGGAGGUCUUCCUUGAGCAAGAAGACGUGUGAUGACAGGGUGAAGGAUGCUCCAGAGGAUGCCAUUCUUCAUGAUGGUAAUCCAAGCUUCCCAUUCGUAAUGAAAAGGAAGAAAUUCAGCCUUGCUAUGGAAUCAGCAAUGCCACUCAGGAAAAUGAGACUGCUUAAAUUGGAUGCCAAAAAUGAACAGGAAAAUUAUGAUUCUGCUCAGGUGAUACAGGAAAUUCCCAUCAAUGUGACUGAGAGCAUGAAUGGGACAUUCCUGAACAACCAACCUGUGAAUAAGGAUAGCCCAGUUCCCGUCCUUGAUGGAGAUGUGAUCACCCUUGGAAUUGAGUCCAAGCAUUUUUUCCGUGUUGCAAUCUGUGAUAACCGCUCUGACAAUGAACCCAAGGAGAAGAAAAUACGACUGGCAGGAGAUGUAGAUCCUCAGGAGAGAAGAAAAAAGGAUGCUCGGGAGGAGUUUGAUGCUCGUAUUUCCCAGGAAAAACGGGUCCUUGAGAGCCGGCUGAGAGAAGCACAAAGCAAGGCAGAAGACAACGUGAAGAGUAGUGUUGCAGUGUGCAAACAACUAGAGACUGAAAGGGGAGAACUCAGAGAAAAGCUCUCCAGGAAGCAGCAAGAACUUGAUGACCGCUUCAAAGGAGAAACACAGUGCUUGGAAGCAGAGAUCCUGGAAGAAUCCCAAUUAGUGAAGAAACUUCAGGAAUUGGAGGAAAGAAGGCAGAAGGAAAAACAGGAACUUGAACACCAAUUCGCCAGGCGCCAAUCAGAAUGUGAAGAAUGGCUUCGAGUUGAACGUGAGAAGAUGGUACGACUCCAAGAGGAACAGAAGCAUCUUGUUGCACAGCUCACAUCAGAAAAGGAUCAACUCAUUCAGAGAUUGGAGAAGGAAAGGGAUGACCUGUUGGAGCGACUAGAAAUUGAAGGCACAGAGAUGCAAAAAACAUUUGAGGACAAAAUCAGAGAGGAGAGAACUGCACUGGAGACGCGGCUGGAUGGGGAGCGGAAGGCCAUGAACCAACGGUUGAGUGAGGGAGUGUUGGAACGAGAACGUUUGCAGAAGGAGAAGGAGGAGCUGGAGAAGAAGAUGGAGGAGGAGAGGCAGAAAAAGAGAGACAUGGAAACAGAAAUGGAGAAAAUGAGGGCACUGCUAGCAGAAAAGGAGGCCUCUGCUUAUCGUCUCUCUGAGGAGGUGCAGCAGAGAGACAAAGAAAUGGCAAAGAUUCGAACUGAGAAAGAGGCCUUUAUUGCUGAAAUGGAGCGCUCAGUGAAGGACCUCAAAGCAAGGAAGGACAAGCUGGAGGAGGACAAGCUGAAGCUUGAACAAAAUCUUAUCCAGGAAAAGUGUUCCAAGGAAAAGAUACGAGAGCUGGAGGAUGAGUUGAAGUCAGUGAAGAAGCAGGAAGCCACCUUGAGGACUGGCUUAGCUCAGACAAAAAGCAAUAACAAGUGGCUUGAAGAUGCAAUGGAGACUGAACUCCAGUGUCCCAUAUGCAAUGAACUGUUCAUACAGGCUGUCACCUUGGAUUGUGGUCACAUUUUUUGCUCCAUGUGCAUUGAAAUAUGGUGCAAGAAGCACAGAACGUGUCCAGUAUGUCGAUGUGUGGUCACAUCCCGCAAUCGCCUUCUGAUGGUGGACAGUUACAUAGAUCGCAUGGUGUCAAAUCUCCCCAAUGAGAUCCAGGAGAAGCGAAAGGGGGUCCUCCAAGAAAGAAAAGAUGCUCUAGAGGCUCAGCGAAUCGCAGAGCAAACAGAAGCUGCAGAGCGUGCAGCCACACGUCGUGGAAGAGGACGUCGAGGAGCAAGGGCUGGAGCACGAAAUCGGAGAGGGAGAGGAGCAGCACAGGCUCCAGCACCUCCACCUAGACAGGAAGUGCCUGAUCCUAUGGAUGGCAUUGAUACCAAUUCUGAAUUCUAUCAACGAGUGAGACGACGCAUGUGGGAAAUGCAGCAGGCCCAGAUGCAAGCCCGUGCUGCUUUACUGGCAGCAGUGUCAAGCAUGCCCGUACCCAUUGCGCAUGUCUCUGUUCCGGGAAUCCCAGAUGUUGCUGAGGAAGUGACAGUUCUUCAUGAUCAACCAGGUCCAUCCCAUGCUGAUGUGAUUCCACCCCAGCCUUCGACAAGUACUGCAGGUAGCAACACCACUCAUGGGACGACAGAAGAUCCCAUCACCCUUUCUGACGAGGAUAAUGAGUUGUUGACAGAAGACAGGGGUAGUAGUUCUGAUCCGGGGGUGCAUUCUUCAGCUAGCAGUGAGGAGGGACUGCCCUGGGCUUAUUAUGGAGGCUAUGGGCGUUGCUACAACUGUGGAGUGAAACUUGUCAAGUGGAUCCAUGGUAAUCUUGGGAUCUAUCUUGAACCUUUCAUUGAUGAGAGGUUCACUGAGCUGGAAGGUUCAGAAGAACCAAAUCUCACCAUCCUGUCCCUGGUGAUUGGCUCGGCCGAAGUCGCUCUCACCAACAAAUCCAUUUCCAGCGAAAAUGGACAGGAUGUACAAUAUUCAGUGUCUUCGAGUUCACCAGGCGGGGAGUCCUCCUCUACCACAUAUAGAUUGGCGGAGGAGAAGGAAUCUCUGAGGCCAAGAAGAGUGGUGAAUCUCCAAGAGGAAGUGAUGCAGCUUGAGCUUGCUCAUCUCAGCUCCUUAUCCUCUAAAUUUGAGGCGAGGAUAAGGGCCAAUGUUGACAUUGUAGAGUGCUGUGGUGUGGGUUCUAAACACGCCACACGACAACUCAUCAAACGCGUUGCUGACGUUCUCUGGAGUUCCCUCAGUCGCAGUUAUUACAAGGAUCGUCCACAUAUUCAGACUUUGUACAGUUACCUGACAGGAAACAAAUUGGACUGUUUUGGUGUUGCCUAUGCAGUUGUGGCUGCUUGCCAGCUAUUGGGAUUUGAUGAUGUUCAUCUUGCCUUGUCUGAAGAUCAUGCUUGGGUGAUAUUUGGAGAGAAUGGGAAUGAGUCUGCUGAAGUGACCUGGCAUGGGAAAGGGAUUGAGGAUAAAAGAGGACAGGCAGUGACAAAUGAGCUGUCAUUCAAGUCAUGGCUGUACCUCAAUGGUCACCCAGUCAAAUGCUUGCAUAGAAACAUGGAAGUGGCUGCACUGCUUUCAUCCAUCAAUCCUACCAUCAACACCAAUAUGGACUCUUUGGAACUGGGCAGUCUUCAGCAAAAUUUGCUUUGGAUGCUCUAUGACAUGGGUAGCCUCAACAUGUAUCCUAUGGGACUUGGUUGCCUUGGGGACCUGGAAGAGAUCUGCCCAACUCCUGGCAGGCCAUCUUGUUUGGAUCUGUUCCAGAUGGCUAUUGCUUGCUCCAUUGAACACUACAAUAAUGGUAUUGUAUAUCCUUACACCUACCUAGGUGGCUAUUUCUACAGACAGCACCAAUUUAAGGAAGCCCUGGAUGCAUGGAGCAAGGCCGCCCAGGUCAUACGGACUUACAACUACAGUCGCGAUGAUGAAGAAGUCUACAAGGAGUUCCUUGAGAUUGCCAAUGAUCUCAUCCCCAUUAUGAUGAAGGAGGCAAGCUCUGGUCACAAUGCACGAUCCAUUGUGAAGGACCCAGAGUGCUUUGCACGCUUGUUGCAGUUCUAUGAUGGGCUGUGUCAAUGGGAAGAAGAUAGCCCAACUCCCAUCUUGCACAUUGGCUGGGCCAAACCCCUGGUGGCCACAAUAGGAAAAUUUGAUUCAACAGUGCGUUCACAUGUGCAGAUCAAUCCCCUUCGCAUUGUGACUGAUGAAACGGCACCCAGCUCUGAUAGUGAGCACUCCCUUAGCACUUCCAAUGAAAUGCUACCAUCUCCAUCAGAGGAAGCACUGGGAAAGAGGACGAUGGUGCUGCGAGGAAGCAAGGUGCUUGAGAUCUCCCCAGACAGUGCGAGGAGAUCUCGGAAACGUGGAACCACCGAGAAAGUGAAUGUGGAAGCUGCACUUAGGAACACUGGCAUUCCAACUGAUCUGAUCAAAGCAAUAGAGGGACACAUAGACCCCGCUGAUCUCCUCAUUCCGCCCAGUGUUAGGUUUGCAUCCCUGGCAGCCUCGUGUGCAGAGAAAAUCCUCAAGCCAAAGUUUUAUCUUUCUAGUGAAGAUUUAUUUCUUGACGAUUCCCUGUUGGAAUCAAAGGCAGAAACAAUGACUGUACCAGUGUCUGAUUCACAGUCAGAUGACUCUCAAGGGCUACUUGAGGAAGGAGAUGAGCCAGAAUAUACUGAUGAAGACAGAGGAGAUCAGGAGCAAGAAGAAGAGGAGCAUUACAGUUCCCAUGAAAUUCAAAGCAAACACCUGAAGGAGCAGGUAGGUGGAGGCUUGAAUUUAUUGAAUGUCUCAGUGGAGGAAGAUGAGGAUGAGGUGGAAAUAGAGAAUGAGAAUCGAAAUGCUAACUCAGACUUGGGACUAGAUAAGGUGUUCCUUCGCCGCCCAAGCAUUGAGCUGCGCAGUCAGAAAAUGCAGGGCAUGAAGAAUCUCCUCUUCUCAGAGAGACUCAAUACUCAUGCCAUUCAGUUACAACUCACAGCUCAAUCACAAGUUCAGGUGGCAAAGCGGUCUCGCUUCUCCACAGAUGUUGAGCUCCAGUCCAUUCCCCUCUCAAGCUUCUCCAAAGCCAAGAAAGCCAAAGCUGAAUGA